UCCUCCUGCCCUCACCCUCAGUUUGACUUUAACCUUCCAGCUGUUCACACAGACCAAGCAGAAGCUCAACAUCAGCCAAUCACAGAGCAUCAGGUGUGAUCAGGUGUGGGUUGUCAUGACGAUGCUAAGCUGUGUCCUGAGGAUGGGAAAGUCUUCAAGUUUGACUCGUCCAAAAGAACUCCUGAAGGAGACAAAGAGGAUAAUCUACAGCAAACCUCCUCGACACCGGAUUGGAGCUGCUCAAAGUUUCUUCGUCAUGUCUGUGUUCGCUGCAGCCAUGUUGGCUCCGGCUGCCUGGAUCCUUCAUCACCUGCCAGAAUACCGAGAGAGGGCCCAGCAAGUCCCCCGGACCUGACUUUCCUCAUCAUCAUCUUCAUCAUCAUGUUCUGUGUAAAACAGUUAAUGUGUACUGAAACCAGUGUGUUAAUGGCUUUGGUUCUGAAACCUGCAUUUCAUAGAAGGUUUGAGAUGUUUUGUGUUUGUAAUACUGAAUUUAUUUUGGCAUCAUCAGCAUUUAUUAUGAUGUCAUGAGCAGUUCCUCCUACCCUCCAGAGCUCACCUGUCACCUUUUCAAAAUAAAAGCGCUCUGUGAUUUUGGUCAUUUUUCCAACAAAUGGAGUGAAACUGAGAGCCGUUUCUAUUUGUUUUCUUUCAUCUGCUGGAUUUAUAGAGUUAAUCACAUCCUGUUUAAGAAUGUAGGCUCCCACAGACACAGGAAGUUGUCCUCAUCUUCAUCACCAGACAGACGAUGAAGCAUCAACACUCUGGUGUUAAGAGCUGCUGCAGCGAAGCAACAAAAAGUUAUUCUGGUUGAAGGUUUAAGAGGUAAUUUCUUCAGUCAGAUUCAUAAACAAGAACCCCCUCUGACCACACACACACACACACACACACACAAACACACACACACACAAACACAGAUGCAGUGUGAGACCUCCAUCAGCUAUGAGAAAAUAAACAUUGGUCCUGAAUACAUGAGCAGGAAAUGAGGUUUGAGGUAAAUAAACGAGUCAGAGAUGGGAGCAUCAAAAACAGAGAUACCAGAAACUUUCCUGUCCCUCCUGCACACACACACACACACACACACACACACACACACACACACACACACACACACACACACACUCUUGUUUUGCUAUAUGUAGUGAGGACCAUGUGUUGACUUCCAUUGACUCCCAGUUAAAAUGCAUUUUUAAUAAAUUAUCACUAAGAUUUUUCAUUCCUUUGUUUUGAAAAUCACUUUAAAAUGUAGUUUAGUUGUUUUCCCCUAGCUGCAGAUUAACUGUAAACCUGCUGGGAUGAAGGAUAAAUAAACUUUUUGAUGGUU